GUUUAUGCCCGGUUUAUGUUYUUCUGUGCGGUUCCAUAAUAUAUUAAACAAUAAAAUAAUACCAUGACAAAAACUGAAGUCAGCGAAAUSCCUAAAAUUCAAUUGGGCGACUAUAUAGUAAUUCAGCGACAAAAGUAUACUAAAUUGCAGAAAUUCGGCAAUUUGGAUACAACAUCCAUGUUGGGUAAAGAGCAAUUGGAAUUACGCGGGCUUUUGGAUCAACCUUACAGUGCCACUUUCAAAAUGUGUCCCAAAGAGACCACACCUUCCAAGCAGCGUGGACAACGUAAUCUCCGUCUACACACACUAGAGCUGUGUAAUGAAUUGGAAAUGCGCGACAUACGUGAUCGUUUGGGUAUAUCGGCAAGUGGUGCUGAUAAUCGCGACAUAAUUGACGAUGGUGAUUCGCAAGCGUUGCAACCACARGAUAUCGAGGAACUUCGCGAACAACAUAGUGAGUCGACUAAAAUUAUUGAGAAAAUUGUGGAAAAUUCCAAAACAUUUCACGCCAAGACCGAGUACUCCCAGGAAAAAUAUUUACGUAAAAAGGAGAAGAAAUACUUUGAAUUUGUGCAAAUACAUCGACCCACACUGCGCUUAAUUACGGAGAUUUACUAUCGACAAGAUGCUGACAAAGUGAUGGGCAUGCGUUUGGACACACUCUCACAAUUAAUCGCCUAUUCGGGCGUGAGCGCAUUUGGCAACUACUUGAUGUACGAAAGUGGCACAAAUGGSUUGUUACCAGCUAGUUUCCUGAAUUCAAUUGGUGCUGGUACCGAGGCAACAUUGGUACAUAUGCACCCCGGUAAUGUGCCGCAAAAGCAAGCUAURCUCGCCCUAAAUUUGCCACAUGAGCAAUUGCAGCGUUGCAUCUCGGUAAAUUUGUAUUCCGUGUUACGUGAGUAUUACCAGGGUGAAGGUCCGGAAAGCCCGCAAGUUGCAGCAGAGCCAAGCACACCAUUAGAAGAGAUUGAACCUAGCAGUAAAAAACAAAAAUUGAACGAUGGUGAUGCGGCACCCACAACAACGUCUUCUACCAGUAGUGAUAGCAAUGGCGAAAACAAUACGACCCCUCCGCUAUCAUCUGUUAACAUACCAGUGCAAACACAGAAAUGGCAAGUGGAAAACCGUCGUGCCUGUAAACUCAUGCGCGCAAAAUUCGAUGGGCUUAUAAUCGCUGCCAAGGAGCAUCCUAGCAACAUAGUACAAGCUUUAUUACCAUUUGUAAAGUCCUCCCGACCGAUUGUUGUGUACAGUCAAAGUAAAGAGCUACUCAUGGAUUUGCAUGUAGAGCUAAAGAGCAGUUCAAAUGCCACAAAUCUGCAUUUGACUUCAAAUUGGUUACGCUACUAUCAAAUAUUGCCUAAUCGCACGCAUCCGGAAGUAAAUAUGAAUGGUAAUAGUGGCUACUUAUUGAGCGGUUAUACUAUAGGUUAGGGUUUUAGUUUAUMAUGAUCAUUAUUUAAUUACAAUUAAAUACAAACAUAUGUAUGUAUGCAAAUUA